AUGUCACACAUAGAUACAUUUGUUCUAUCUUUUCAGGUGCAAGCUGCUAUGGCAACUUAUCACUUUGUUGAGUAUUGCACUUCAAAUAUGUUAGAACCUCAAUUUGAUGAGAUUAUCAGUAAAUUGCUCAGAUGCCUACAGAAAGGGAAACAACUAUUGAAACUGUGGGCCUUAUCAGCAUUAGCAGCAAUUGCUAAGUCAUCACAGGACCGGUUUCUAGAGUAUUACAGAACAGUUAUGCCUUACCUAAAAGUUGUGAUGACGAAAGCAGAAGGGGAAUCUAACAGCAAGCUCCUUUCUGCAACUGUUUCGUGCAUUACAGCAAUUUGGACGGUUUUCGGAAAGGACAAGUUCGGUGACGAUACUCAACAGGUUGUGCAACUUCUUGUUUCCACACCCAUAUCAAAUCUGGAGAUACAUGACCCAAUGAGAAUUGAAGGGUUAAGAGCAUGGGGCAGACUUUGCAAAUGCUUAGGCCACAAGUUCCAGCCUUAUAUGGAAGUAGCCAUUCCUUGUUUGCUUCAAUCUGCGCGGCUCACUUUGCCUGAUGAUGCUAACGUUGAAGAAUCGGAUAUGAAAGUUCCACUUCUCAAUUUUUACGAGCAUGCUGAGGUUAGAAUAGCUGCUGUAUUAGCCAUGCCUGAAAUACUGAAAUCGUCGAAAGCAGCAAUAUUUGAGAAAAGGCUUCUUAAGAAAUCUCCCUUUGAAAAGUUGUGUUCUGAUAUAAUACCAGCUUUGGUUGAAGCACUGGUUAAGGAAGAAGUCAUUAAAAUUAGUGCAGUAAUGUUGGAUUCCUUGGAGGAUUGCUUGGAGUUAUCGGGACCUGUUUUAAAUAUAGAUCAGAUCAAGCGCUUCUUGUCUGUAAUAAUGGACGUUCUCGACACUAGCAUAUCCAUUCCCAAAGGUGAUGAAGCGUCAGAGCAAGGAGAAAAAGUUAGUAAGAAAGUUUGUGCUUGCUUGAAGAUUUUCAUGAAAACUUACAAGGGUUCCUUGUUGCAAUUCUUCGACCAGCUUUUAUCACGUAUGGAACAUAUGUGGGUUAAGGAUAAAACAGUUAAAGAAAGAAAAAUUGCCUUGAAGAUUUUCGCUGAUGUUGUAGAGGAAUUCCGAGAAGAAGCUUUGAAGUUCUGUGAGAGUGAACUCUUGUUGCUAUUUAAAGCUUGCAAUGAUGAUGAACCAGAAGUUCAAGAGGUUGCUGCACAUGGAAUUGGUGUUGCUGCAGCCUUCGGUGGAUCUAUCUUCAAACCUCUGGUUGGAGAAGCAGUUUCUGCUCUAAAUGCUAACAUAAGCGAUUCAAUGGCAUUGCACCGAGAUUACAUAAUGGCCCAUGAUGCUGCUGUUACAGCUCUCGAACAAAUAUACCUAUUCCACAAGGACAGAAUCAAUGCAAGUGAGGUGUUUAGUACAUGGUUAAGCCAUUUGCCAAUAAAGAACAAUCUACUGGAAGUCAAAAUUGCACAUGAUCUGCUGUGUUCAAUAGUUGAGAUGCAAAGGACGAACUUCUUCGCUAAGAUUUUGCUUGUCUUCCCAAAAUCAUCGCUGCUUUUGCAGAGUCUCUGGCCUUUGGAAAGACAUCAGAUACUAUGGGCUGAUGAUGAAACUUUAGCAACAGAGGAAACCGUCAACCGAGUGAUUAAACAGUUGAGGGACUUUAAGAGCAGUUCUUUAUUCCUGGUCAUCAUGGAGUCCCUUGAGAUUGAGCAAGGAUUUGUCAUGGAUACUCCUGUUUGA